AUGCUUGUCUUGCUCGCAAGCGAACAAAAGACAGACCUCGUCGGCAGCAGGCUUGAGAGGGCAAUCUGGCUCUUGGAAAAGCUCCGAGCGAGCGAGCCGAGUAACGAAAGCUCUCGGUCACCCAGAGAUCCACGAGCCUCUGACCAGGCACGCUCCUCUGUUUCGACGCCAGCCAGCGACUCGACCCAACCGACAAGGGCUCAUGGGCAGGUGGUCGAGGGAGGCUCUUCUUUAGCAGCUCACUCUGCCUUUGCCGACGAGUUCGUACAGAAAGUGGCCGCCGCCGAUUCACUGCAAGAUUCUAGUCCAGAAUUACGCGACACUAUUGAUGAACUGUCUUCUAUACUCACCAAGGAAGCUGUUGCAGAAGAUGAGCUAGCGUAUCUACAUGCCAGGCCCAUACAGGGAGCCAAUAUCCCAGAGUAUGAGAUGCGUCCCUUCAAGAAGGCCAUUGCUUUGAUCCUUGCUCAGCACGAAAGCAGCAAUAUGGAGGUUGAAAACGACAGUAGAAGGAUAGUCCCAGAUGGGUUGAAUGGUGGUCUGCGAGCGAUGAACCCAAUGAUGUGGAUGGCGAACAGCGCAGAGGUCGAGGAGUGGCAGGGAAACAAUGGGUUUAUGACGGGGCUUAUGUGA